AUAAAAAUGGGUAGUUGUGCAACAAAAAAUUAGGAGAAUGAAGUUUCUUUACCUUCUAAUCCUAGAUUAUAAAGGGCUUACUAAGUAAAAUGAAAUCGAUUUGAUAGUAAUAUUCGUAAAUCAUCGAAAUAACUCACCCAUUAAAUGUGAAUUAGAAAUACAAUAGUUACUUUACAUUGAUUCCAGAUCAAUUUGUAGGUACAGGAAUAAAGAAGGCAAAUUAAUAUGAAUCUCGUCUAUCUAAAGAAGAAUGGCAAUAAAAAAGAGUUGAAUUUUGGGGUAUAUAUGUCUAUUUGAAUAAUAGAUUCAAGAAUAGAGGGAUAGAAAGAAAAUUGGGCUACAAUUAGAGCUGCAUUAGAAGCUGAUGAAGGUACAGAGUAUUGUAAAUUAGGAACUGCUAAGACUCUUUUGUAAGCUGCUGACUUAAAGCUAAUCAAAAAUAGUAUGUAAAUUGUUUUUGACAAUCAUGGUAUGUUAAUAAAAUGGAUUCAAUAGGAUAGAAAUAUGAUUUACCAGUUUUUGUUAUGCAUAAUCCCAUUUCCUUUCCUUAAAAACAAUCUUAUGAUUAAAAUCUAUACUAAAGUUUUGAUCGUAGAGUUGUUAAGGUAUUAUUCUAUUGUUAUGUUAAAGUUUAAAAUUAGAAGUACUAAAUGGAUCAGUGAUAAAGAUGUUUCGUUUAAUACAGGCGAUAAAGUGGAAUUAUUAAUGAAAGAAUUAUAAUCAUAAGAAAAUCCAUAGAAGAUGAAAUUGUUUGUAAAUGGUAGAGAAAUGAAAGGUCAUAAUAUGUUUGGAAAUUAUGGAGUUCAAGAAAAUUCUGUAAUUAUUCAAACUAUCUUUUCUUUUAGGUUGUACAAGCAUUUAUGUUCUGAUUAUAUAAUAAUAUAUUAUAUUUAUG